UGCAUCGUGGGUACAUUUAGUAAGGCUUACUGUUGAAUUCAAGAUGGCGGAGUAUCUGGCGUCGAUCUUUGGUACAGAAAAAGACAAAGUAAAUUGUUCAUUUUACUUCAAAAUUGGUGCAUGUCGCCAUGGAGACAGAUGUUCCCGCCUUCACAAUAAGCCAACAUUCAGUCAGACCAUUCUUCUUCCAAAUAUGUACCAAAACCCACAAAGUGCUGCCCAAGUAGCCGAUGGAACUAGCAGUACAAUAUCUGAUAUUGAGGCGCAAGUACAUUAUGACAAGUUUUUCAAGGAUAUCUUCCUUGAAUUAGAGGAAAAAUAUGGUGAAAUAGAAGAGAUGAACGUCUGUGAUAAUCUUGGUGAUCAUCUUGUGGGCAAUGUAUAUGUAAAAUUUCGUUAUGAAGAAGAUGCAGAAAAGGCAGUAAAUGACCUGAAUAACCGAUGGUAUAAUGGUCAACCUAUAUAUGCAGAACUCUCACCUGUUACAGAUUUCCGGGAAGCAUGCUGCCGACAGUAUGAAAUGGGUGAAUGCACACGUGGAGGGUUUUGUAACUUCAUGCACCUGCGGCCUAUUUCCAAGGACGUGCGACGUGAACUCUACGGUCGAAACAGGAAAUAUGGAAAAGGCAGGAAACAACCAGAAAAUGCUGGUGGAUUCUCACCUCGGCGUUCUAAAUCCAGGUCUCCCCCUCGAAGAAGGUCCCGCUCAAGGUCACCCCGACGCGAUCGAUCACCAGGACGCGAUAGGCAUCCAAGAUACUAAACCACAGGGUUCCCAGUUGAAGUAUGAACAGUCUGGGGUAAUAAUAUUAGCAAUGCAUCACCAUACGCAGCUGAAGAUGCUAGUACUUUAAGUGGAUCUCGUACUAAAUUUUUGUUUAAAAGUUAUUGUAUUAAAGGAAAUAAACAAUUACUUGUCAUUCUUCCUACGUAUGCAACAUUGUACUUCUUCAGUUUAGAAUAAAGCGCUUUUGUCAUAA